AUGAACAAAAAUAGAGACAAAAACAAAGCCCAAGGAGAUACGGAGGAUGAGAUUACAGAGAUCGUAGCGCAAAAGAAUGUUAUUAAUGUUGAAGAAGAAAUUGCUGGUCCGAAAGCUGAUCUGAAGUUGAGUCCAGAAAAAGUAUUAUUAUACAAUGGUUUAGAUGAUGCAGGAAAAGUUAUGUUUUUGGAUAUACUUAGGAGAUUGGAAGAAGAAAAGAAAGAAGGAAGAGAGGAAGGAAGAGAGGAAGGAAGGAAGGAAGAGCGUAAAAGAGGCAUAUUCUACGUAAACUUAGUUAUUAGUCUUGAAGGAAGUUACUCAACCAUCUUGAUAAAAAAUAUUAACCAUAAUUGCUGCUGCGCUGAUCAAUGUGCUUAA